CUUAAAGCAUGCGGCAGCGUGAGAAGCGGCGGCGAAGUGUGCUGUUCAGCUGACAUGGAAGUGAGAUUACAAGCGCGGGCACGCGACAAACACGAAAUGGCCACCAAAGAAGCUCUCCACAGAAUGCAGCAGGUCCUGCAUACGCGGGGAAACAGGUUCCACAGUUUUUUCAAGGAGCUACUGGAUGGUAGUAAAAAAGGUUUUCACGAGAUGUUCAAGAAGACCUACGGUAUCCUUUACGAGCAGAACUCGUACGUCUUCACGGACUUUUUCAAGGAGCUGGAGAAUUACUACGCGAAGGGAACAGUGGACCUCAACGAUGCCAUGGAUAAUUUCUUCAACACCCUUUAUCAGAAGAUGUUCACCGUGCUCAACAGCCAGUACAACUUUGAUAAUAAAUAUCUGGAGUGCGUGGGCGAACAUAUGAAGGAGAUGCGACCGUUCGGGGACGUGCCACAGAAAUUGGGCGUGCAAAUUAAACGAUCGUUCGUGGCCACGAGGGCAUUCAGCCAAGCUUUGACUGUCGCUUCGAAUGUGUUGAAAAAUAUGCAAUUGCUGAGCAAGCCAUCGGCGGAUUGCGCAGCUGCCUUGACCAGGAUGACAGCUUGUCCAGCCUGCAGCGGUAUAUCGGACAACGUGCUGGCGUGUGGUGAUAUGUGUGCCAACGUGAUGAAGGGUUGCUUGUCGCAAUACGCGGCACUCGACACUGACUGGAAUCAGUUCGUUGAGGCUGUGGACAAGAUCGCCGAUCGGUUGCUCGGACCGUUCAACAUCGAAGUACUGGUGCGUCCGAUUAACCUAAAGAUCUCCGAAGCGAUCAUGAACUUCCAGGAAAGCAGUCAAGACGUGUCGCAGCGCGUGUUUACUGGUUGCGGCCGGCCGGUACUGGGUAGACGUAAACGUAGGGACAAUCGAGAACUAGAAAUGGAGUCCCUGAACUUUGACCAGGAGACAUCGCCAGAGGAUGACUCUGCUACAAGCUUGGAGAAGCUAGUGAAGGAAAUACGCCAACGAGUGCGUGAUUCCCGACAAUUCUGGGUCUAUUUGCCAUAUCGGAUGUGCAACGACGGUCUGGUUGUGCCACCCAGUAAUACGAAAGAAUGUUGGAACGGCACACACGUAGACAAGUAUAUAUAUCCGGUGUCAUCUGAUGGCGAGUCUCAGUCGUUGAAUCCAGAGGUACGCAGUACAGUAUCAAGACCAACUAUCGUGAGGGAUCAAGUUUUCGCGCUAACCACUAUCACGAACAGGUUGAAAUUGGCGUUUAAUGGACAGGACGUUGAUUGGAUCGAUACUGACGAAACGUGGUACGGUUCCGGUAGUGGUUCGGGCGAUGGUGCGUUUACUGAUGACGAGGAUGGCUUCAGGGAAGGCUCUGGCUACGAGAGCCCACACGCGGAAGCAGAGCCAGAACCACCGAAGCAGCCAUUGCCACCGGUCGUUCACGAGGUUGAGAUCCCGCCGCGAGUGGACAUCGAACCGCAUCAAGGCACUAGUACGACCAGUACGGGCACGAGCAAUAACCAGACCAUCUCCGUGAAUAGCGGAGAAGACAGCAGGCCGAAGAUGUCGUUAUUCAGGGCGCUGACGACGUAUCUGAUGCCAAUAGUGGUGAUGUGGUUCGGCGGUUGCUUCAACGACUUGCUGUGA